CGAAAAAACAGGCGCAAGACCGCAAGUCUUUACACUAAGCAUCCAGCGAGGUCAACGUUGUAAGUUGAGAUCAUGUCUGGGAUAGCAAUUGCCCGUCUCGCCGAAGAGCGCAAAGCAUGGCGCAAGGACCAUCCAUUUGGGUUCGUCGCCAGACCGACCAAAGGCAAUGACAACAAUCUGAACCUGAUGGUGUGGGAGUGCGCAAUCCCUGGCAAGAGAGGAACUCCCUGGGAGAAUGGAGUUUACAAGCUGCGAAUGAUUUUCAAGGAAGACUACCCAUCCAGCCCACCAAAAUGCAAAUUCGAACCACCUCUCUUCCACCCAAAUGUCUACCCGUCAGGAACUGUUUGCUUGUCAUUGCUGGAUGAGGAAAAGGACUGGCGUCCGGCCAUAACCAUCAAACAAAUUCUGCUUGGAAUCCAGGACCUGCUGAAUGAACCCAACAUUAAGGACCCUGCACAGGCUGAGGCUUACACCAUUUACUGCCAAAACCGACUUGAAUACGAAAAGAGGGUUCGCGCUCAGGCCAGAGCGAUGUCUGUAGCUGAAUAAACAAACUUCUUUGACACUGAACUUCCCAUAUUGUGGAUCUUUAACAUGAACAAUUUUGAUCUUCGACUAAGUGCGUUGAGCAACAAUUGUUUUUCAUGAUGUUCUCAUAGACUUGUGUUGUGGUAAAAAGUGUUCUCGCCACAAUCACCAAUACUAUUGAUUUGUUUAGAUCAAAUAAUUCAGACCAUGGGAAUAAUUUUAUUGCUUUAGGUACUCAAUAUUUUCAUAAUUAAUCUGCAGUUCACUGUUGUAUUAUUUCAAUCUUUAGUUUCCACUGUAAGUUUCGAAUUAAUAAAUUAUAAUGUUCAUAAUUA